AUGAUCAAGCUGCUGUGUUGUCUGGCUCUGUUCUCUGUAGCCGUGUGUGAUGACUACUAUAAUCCCUCCUACGGUGGAUUAAAUGUCGGCCAAGGAUAUGGAGGAAUCGUCUAUGGUGGCAAAGGACUUGUAGGACAUGGUAAAGGACUGGGAGGAGUCAUCCUUGGAGGAAAAGGAUUAAUGGGCAGUAGCUGGGAUAAUUAUGGAUAUGGAGGAGUGAUGGUUGGAGGAAAAGGAUGGAUGGGCGGUAACUACGGUGGUAAAGGACUCGGAGGAAUCAUCCUUGGAGGCAAAGGAUUAAUGGGCGGUAGAUGGGAUGGUUAUGGAUAUGGAGGAAUGAUGGUUGGAGGAAAAGGUUUGAUUGGCGGUAACUACGGUGGUAAAGGACUCGGAGGAAUCAUCCUUGGAGGCAAAGGAUUAAUGGGUAGUAGCUGGGAUAAUUAUGGAUAUGGAGGAGUGAUGGUUGGAGGAAAAGGAUGGAUGGGCGGUAACUACGGUGGUAAAGGACUCGGAGGAAUCAUCCUUGGAGGCAAAGGAUUAAUGGGUAGUAGCUGGGAUAAUUAUGGAUAUGGAGGAGUGAUGGUUGGAGGAAAAGGAUUGAUGGGCGGUAACUAUGGUGGUAAAGGAGGAAUCUAUUCUGGUGUAGGAUUCAAGGAUUAUUAUUGA